AAUAAACGAGAUUACUUUAGGAAUCUGAGAGAGAUUUUGAAUAAGAAGAUCAGAAGCAAAGAAUCAUCUCUAAACUUCAAUGGCGCAUUCUGUCGAAGGAAGAAGAAGAGCAAGCGGAGGGAUGCUUCCUCUUCUGGCGCUCAGCACCGUCGCUGAGUACUACAGACUGCCGUGGAAACCUCCCGUGACGGCGGGUCUAUUAGCCGCCAACACUCUCGUCUAUCUCAGACCGGCGUUUAUCGAUCCGGUUAUCCCUCACAUCAACGACGUUCUGUUCAAUCCAAACCUCAUCCUCAAGCACAAGGACUUGAAACGAUUCUUUCUAUCACCGUUCUACCAUCUAGACGAGCCUCACCUAGUCUACAACAUGAUGUCUCUCCUCUGGAAAGGGAUCAAGCUAGAGACAUCCAUGGGAAGCACCGAGUUCGCUUCCAUGGUCUUUACCCUUCUCGGUAUCUCGCAAGGAGUCACGCUGCUUUUAGCCAAGUCCCUCCACGUCAUCUUCGACUACGAAAGAGCCUUUUACAACGAGUACUCGGUGGGGUUCUCCGGCGUCCUGUUCGCUUUGAAAGUCGUUCUCAAUGCUCGGGACGAGGAUUAUUACACCAGCGUGUACGGUAUCCUCGUCCCGAGUAAGUACGCCGCCUGGGCGGAGCUGGUUCUAGUGCAGAUGUUUAUGCCCAGCGCUUCGUUUCUUGGGCAUUUAGGUGGGAUUCUUGCUGGUAUUCUCUAUUUGAAGCUGAAGAGGUCUUCUCACUCGGGUUUAGACCCUGUUAGUGUGGUGGUUAGAGGUGUUACUUGGCCAUUGAAGUUUCUGAGCAGUUUGGUUAGGUCUGGAAGGAGGAGGGUUUCGGGGAGAGGAAGAGUGGGGAGAGGACCUGGGAUCUGGAGAUGCCAGUCGUGUACUUAUGACAAUUCUGGUCGGCAAAGUGUUUGUGAGAUGUGUGGUUUGGGAAGGGGUAGAGGAAACGGAUGGUCAGUGAACAACCAGGGACAGUUACAUUCUUCUUCUAGUGAUAUUCCUUUAGAUGAGCUGCGCCGUCGAAGAGUAGAUAGGUUUAGUUAAUUCUCUGGAGUGUGAAUGAAAGCUUAAGCUGAACUAUAUUCAUUGCAUUAUCAUAUGAUUAGAGAGCUUUCUUCAAUCUGUCUUCUCUUUUCAUGUAUUUCUUUAUAGGUGGAGUUACGAAUAGUGCUUAUGAAUCUGUAACUAGUUUCACUAACUAAACUAUAUGUUUGAUCAUCCAUCAGUGAA